GGCGUGUCCGGUCCCGCACAAUGGGCCAUGGAGUUCCCGUUCGAUGUGGAUGCGCUGUUCCCGGAGCGGAUCACCGUGCUGGACCAGCACCUGCGGCCUCCGGCCCGCCGACCCGGAACCACAACGCCGGCCCGUGUGGAUCUGCAGCAGCAAAUCAUGACUAUUGUAGACGAGCUGGGCAAGGCCUCUGCCAAGGCCCAGCACCUGCCCGCACCCAUCACCAGUGCUUGCAGAAUGCAGAGUAACCGCCAUGUUGUUUAUAUACUAAAGGACACUUCAGCCCGAUCGGCAGGGAAAGGAGCCAUUAUUGGUUUCCUCAAAGUUGGAUACAAGAAGCUCUUUGUACUGGAUGACCGCGAAGCUCACAAUGAGGUAGAACCACUUUGCAUUCUGGACUUUUACAUCCACGAGUCGGUGCAGCGGCACGGCCACGGGCGGGAGCUCUUCCAGUAUAUGUUACAGAAAGAGCGAGUUGAACCACACCAGCUGGCCAUUGAUCGACCGUCACCAAAGCUGCUGAAGUUCCUGAACAAGCACUACAACCUGGAGACCACAGUCCCGCAGGUGAACAACUUUGUGAUCUUUGAAGGCUUCUUUGCCCAUCAGCAUCGGCCCCCAGCUCCCUCUCUGAGGGCAACUCGACACUCUCGUGCUGCGGAGGUCGAUCCCACGCCUGCUGCUCCAGCACGGAAGCUGCCACCCAAAAGGGCAGAGGGAGACAUCAAGCCAUACUCCUCCAGUGACAGAGAAUUCCUGAAGGUGGCUGUGGAGCCUCCUUGGCCCCUGAACAGGGCCCCUCGCCGCGCCACCCCUCCAGCUCACCCACCCCCACGCUCUAGCAGCCUGGGAAGCUCUCCAGAUCGGGGUCCCCUCCGACCCUUUGUGCCAGAGCAAGAGCUGCUCCGCUCCCUGCGUCUCUGCCCCCCACACCCCACUGCCCGCCUUCUGCUGGCCUCUGACCCUGGGGGCAGCCCAGCCCAGCGCAGACGCACCAGCUCCCUUCCCCGCUCUGAGGAGAGUCGAUACUGACGGCUGCCCCUUGCCCUCCUCCUUCCCCACCCGCAGCUCACUCUUCCAUCGAGAUUUUUUUCUUCCCCUUUCUUGAACAGCUGGGUUGCCAGGGUUCUAAAUAGCCUAACUCUUUGUAGCUUUUCUUACCACAGAAGACACCCCACACUCCCAACACGUGCUCUGAACACUCUCCCAUAGACAGCCCAUUCUGUUCCCAGAACUCUUGGGCUAAAUGGCUCCUACUGACUCCCUAGAGAAGCACAUUCUCUGCGUGUGGUCAGACUCCAGACCAUUGGAGAAGGUCCAAGGGCCUCUUCCGCCAGGGAAACCUUUGAAGAGUGUCCUGUCAGUGGAUAAUUCCCUCCACAGUGCCCACUGGUAGCUCUAAUCCUGCAUCCUGCUGCCAAACAAACCUGUCCGUUAGUCUGCUGAUGCCAGCCUGUGAGCAAGCUCUGCUUCAGAGCAGUCCAGGCUGGUGGGACAAGGACUCCUUGGCUUCCCAGCAGGGUCCUCCCAACAUUGCCAAACUCGUACUUUCCGACGUGUAGAUAGAUGUGUCACAUGUUGCUUUGGGGUCUCUUGGGGGACCCACAGACACCACCACUUUCCUCAGAUGAUCUGAGUCUGUCUCUUGGCAGUAGAGACAGUGGUCCCAGCAAACGCCCCGGGACCACGUAGCUGUGUCUCUGAAGAUAAGCCCGGCCCAUUGGAUCCUGGACGCCCCCAACCUCCCUGCCUCCCCAUAGACAGACUUGUGAGAUUGUCUUGGGAUGAGAUGGGGCCAACCUUCUGCUGCCCUUACUCCUUUCCCUCCAUAGGAAGAUUCUCCUUCCCUGCCUCCAUGCCCAGGGUACAGAAAGACCCUUCCUCUCCCCGCCCCCGAACGUGUGGUAGAUCAGGUGCCCCACUGUGUCCCUCAAGUCCUUGGGAGCAGGACCUCCCUCCCUCCCUCCUUCCUCCUCCCUCUCAGUGGUGUCUCAAUAAAGUGUGGAUUCUUCUGUUUUCUAAAUUGACAUUUUCAACGAA